UAAAUUUUUAUUGAGUUUUUUAAGCUUGGUCUCUCUCCUCUCAUUACCUACACUUAUGCCUUCUGUUUCUCCUUUGACAUCCUAUUCUUAGCAUCUGUUCUUGUAUCAAGAUCCGAACCCGUGUUUUAGAGAGAGAAAUUACAAAUGAAAAGACAAAUCUUUGGCUUGGUUUUUGUCAUGGCGGUGACUUUUUUUGUCUAGGAUGCAGAGGUCCCUGUGUAUUGCCAGAGCUUUUGGGUUUGCUCAUGAUAACAUUAACAAAGAUUUUCCUUUUAAAAGAAAAGAAAGAAAAACUCCUCAAGUUUAGAGAGAGAUAUUUAUUGCAGUUGGUUCCUACACUAGAUAAAGCUGAGGACUUUUAUAUUGGUUUCCAUCUGUCCUAUGAGCUUUAAUUCUGGUUUGUGUUGAUCAUGAGGCCUAAUGGCGAAAGAGUACAGUGGAUCCCCAAAACCCUAUCAAUUAGAGAAUCGAAGGAAGCGCCUAACUUGGGUCUUGGGAGUUAGUGGUCUCUGUAUCAUAUUCUACAUACUGGGGGCAUGGCAAAACACAACCCCUUCCGCUUCCGAUCGCUCCUCUAUCUCUAACAAAGAGGGAUGUGAUGGCAUCUCUUCAACCACCUAUCAAUCGUCAUCAUUACGAACUUCAUCAUCAUCUCCAUCAUCAUCCCUUGAUUUUGAGUCCCACCAUCAAGUCUCAUCCAAUGACACCUCAGCUGGGUUUCAAAAAUUUCCAGCUUGUGAGAUGAAAUUCAGUGAGUAUACGCCAUGCCAAGACCCAAAAAGAGCAAGAAAAUUUGAGAAGAAAAUGCUUAUAUACAGAGAGAGACAUUGUCCUGCUAAGGAUGAGCUUCUUAGAUGCCUUAUCCCUGCUCCUCCUGGUUAUAAGAAUCCAUUUCCAUGGCCCCGAAGCAGGGAUUGGGCUUGGUAUGCUAAUGUCCCUCACAAAGAACUCACGAUCGAAAAGGCAGUCCAGAACUGGAUCCAGGUAGAAGGAGAGAAGUUCAGGUUCCCUGGUGGUGGCACCAUGUUCCCCAGAGGUGCUGAUGCUUAUAUCGAUGACAUAAACGAGCUCAUUCCAUUAACAAGUGGAAAAAUCAGAACUGCACUUGAUACAGGAUGUGGGGUUGCUAGUUGGGGUGCUUAUCUGCUUAGCAGGAAUAUAUUGGCUAUGUCAUUUGCUCCUAGAGACACACAUGAAGCACAAGUCCAAUUUGCUUUGGAGCGUGGAGUCCCUGCCAUGAUUGGAGUUUUGGCAUCAGAGAGAAUGCCUUACCCUGCCCGGUCUUUUGAUAUGGCUCAUUGUUCCCGCUGCUUGAUCCCUUGGUAUGAUUUUGAUGGUCUAUUUCUCAUUGAAGUGGACAGAGUUCUAAGGCCAGGUGGCUACUGGAUCCUCUCGGGCCCUCCUAUUCGAUGGAAGAAAUACUGGAAAGGUUGGGAGAGGACCCAAAAAGACCUAAACCAAGAGCAGGAUGCUAUUGAGGAUGUAGCGAGGCGCGUUUGUUGGAAAAAACUUAUAGAGAAAGAUGAUCUAGCUGUUUGGCAAAAACCCAUCAAUCAUAUUGAAUGUCAGAACAACCGAAAGCUAUACAAAACUCCCCAUAUCUGCAAAGGAGAUAACCCAGACACCGCCUGGUACAAGAAGAUGGAGACAUGCAUAACCCCACUCCCAGAAGUCAGCGAUUCCAGCGAGGUGGCUGGUGGAUCCCUGGACAAAUGGCCUGAAAGAGCCAUGGCAGUUCCUCCAAGAAUAACUAGUGGCUCAAUCCCUGGAAUCACAGCUGAGAAAUUUCAAGUGGAUAAUGAUCUAUGGAAGAAGCGAGUGCGCCAUUACAAGAGAAUUAUCGAGACUCUAGCACAUGGGCGUUACAGAAACAUAAUGGACAUGAAUGCUAAUUUAGGUGGCUUUGCAGCUGCUAUGGCUGAAGACCCUGUCUGGGUUAUGAAUGUGGUGCCUGCGAAUUCUGAACAUGACACUCUUGGCAUGAUAUAUGAACGUGGAUUCAUUGGAACUUAUCAGGACUGGUGUGAGGCCUUCUCUACUUAUCCAAGAACUUAUGAUAUGAUCCAUGCCGUGGGGGUUUUCAGUAUCUAUCAGGACAGGUGUGACAUUUCAAACAUUCUUUUGGAGAUGGAUAGGAUUCUUAGGCCAGAGGGUACCGUUAUAUUUAGGGAUACAGUGGAAGUUCUUGUGAAGAUUCAGGGGAUAACAGAGGGAAUGAGAUGGAAGAGCCAGAUCAUGGACCAUGAGAGUGGGCCUUUCAACCCUGAGAAAAUACUUCUUGCUGUGAAAACCUAUUGGACUGGUGAAGAAGCUGCACAAAAUUAGCAGGUAUUUGCAUUGCCUAUGUUGUCUGAGUUUUGUUAAGCUCUUUCAUGGGCUUUCUUUUGAUUUUGCAAGGGGCUUUACAGGGUUUCUGGCAUAAUGGGUCAGUUUUAGGUCUUGUUUUGAAUCCACCUCUCUCUCUCUCUCUCUCUCUCAAUGAUAUGAUUCUUUUGGAACCCUGUAAAUAAGACGUGGAUUUUGAUCUGUGGGUUACUGAUUCAAAUGUGAGAAAUCAUUUUUGACUAUUUUGUAUACUUUUAUCUUUGGAAUUUUGGAUUAUAUCAUAUCUACUUUGCAUGAUCGG